AGGACACAACGCACGAUGAAAAUAAAGGCUCUUUCACGGUCUGCUGCGUCGCAGCAGACGCCCGGAACAGGAGCUACUAGGCUCGCUCGCAACCUCGAUCCGGCACAGCAUCCAUUCGAAAGAGCAAGAGAAUACACAAGAGCUCUCAAUGCUACCAAACUAGAGCGCAUGUUUGCCGCUCCUUUUAUUGCCCAGCUUGGAGGGGGCCAUGUUGAUGGUGUAUAUUCUUUGGCAAAGGACCCAAGUUCCUUAGAACGCUUUGCAAGCGGAAGUGGUGACGGCGUGGUAAAAGUAUGGGACUUGACGAGCCGCGAGGAGAUUUGGCAGGCUCAGGCUCAUGAGAACAUUGUCAAAGGAAUGUGCUGGACAUCGGAUAGGAAGCUACUAUCAUGCGCCGCCGAUAAAACCAUCAAGCUAUUUGAUCCUUAUAAUUCGGCCUCUGAGAGUCCUCCGUUGGCGACGUACCUGGGGCACGGAGCUUUUACUGCCGUUUCCCAUCACGAAACUCAUCCCUCAUUCGCUGCUUCGUCGUCAGUGAUAUCUAUAUAUGACCUCUCUCGGCCGUCUUCUACGCCAUCUCAAACGCUUCACUGGCCCAGUAGUGUUGAUACUAUCACUUCACUCGCAUUUAACCGGACGGAAACUUCUCUCCUAGCAUCGACAGCUACCGACCGAUCUAUAAUAAUGUACGAUCUACGAACAUCCUCUCCUCUUACGAAGGUCGUUCUUACUUUGGCUUCAAAUGCUAUCGCUUGGAAUCCAAUGGAAGCGUUUAAUUUCGCUGUGGCUAACGAGGAUCAUAACGCCUAUAUCUUUGACAUGCGGAAGAUGGACCGUGCUUUGAAUGUUCUUAAGGACCAUGUUGCAGCUGUGAUGGAUGUUGAGUUUAGUCCAACUGGCGAGGAACUUGUCACCGCGUCCUAUGACCGUACGGUUCGACUAUGGAAUCGUUCUCGCGGACAUUCUCGGGAUAUAUACCAUACAAAACGAAUGCAGAGGGUUUUCUCGGCCAAAUUCACUCCGGAUAACAAAUACAUUCUUUCUGGGUCUGAUGAUGGUAAUAUUCGCCUCUGGCGCGCAGAAGCAUCGUCCCGGAGUGGAAUCAAAAGCGCUCGUGAGCGUCAAAAACUCCAAUAUGACGAGGCUCUUAAGCGUAGAUAUGCACAUAUGCCUGAGAUUCGUCGUAUCAAACGUCAUAGACGUCUGCCAAAGGCUGUCAAGAAAGCUGGCGAGAUCAAAAAUGAGGAAAUUAACGCUAUCAAGAGAAGGGAGGAGAAUAUUAGGAAGAACAGCAAAAAGGGUUCGCUACCUGCCCGACGGAGUGAGAGAGAGAAGAUGGUCCUGGCUACGGAAAAAUGAUCACACUUUAAACAAAAUCACGAUGAUACCCACUACAUCUAUUCGAAGAAAAAGCACAACUCCAAAAAGGUGGUUCCCCGGGUUGUUCUUUCAUGUCUUGGGCUUGAGAAGCGGUUCCAAAAAUAUGCUCAUAUCAUAGCUUGGGCUUUCCGUUUCUAACUCAUCUGUUUCAUUCGAAAAUAUUAUCCACACGCAAACAGCAGUUUGAAGGAUGCUGCCGCCCCCCCGAAAGGCCAUUUUAGGUAUCCCAUCAUUGUGGAUAUUGGCCCGUACCAAUUCUCAGGCAAAUUAUUACAAGUCAACCCAGCAUAUACCAACUUUCACUACUAUUUUCAAUCGAAUUUCGAGCGUUUUAAAGACUCCAUUUCGUGAUCUGCCGAAUAGCCCGCCCUUUGCAUUGCUCUAUCGAUCCCGCUGAGAUAUCUGGCGAAUUUCUGAAUGGAAGCCGGCAACACCGCAUAACAACUCACAAACGAGGCAAACGCGGGCAUCCUGAGCACACCACCAUUUCCAGUAUCAACCACUGACACGAUUUCUCGAGCAACUUGCACGGGCUCCAGGACGGGCGCGAAAAACUUGUUUGGGGUUUCGACUCGUUGGAACAGCUGUGUUGCUAUUUGUCCGGUUUCGACAAGUAACAUCUUGACUCUCUCGCUCGCCCCCGAUUGACGGAGUUCCGCCUCCAACGUCUUGUGGGCCGCGCUGAUAGCUGCUUUGGUCGCUGUGUAAUCUGACAAGCCGGCCGCAGUGAGGUAACUGAGGACGGAGCUAACGGUAACUAUGGUCCCGCCUGUGGGAGAGGCCAUCAUUCUAGGGAGGAAUAUUUGCAAGGUAUGGAAAAAGGAGCCGAGGUUCGCAUGGAUGGUUUGCUGGAUUGCUUUUUGGGAUAUAUUAAGGAGUGGAAGCCCGUUGAUAGGUGCAGCCACGCAAUUGAUUAGAAUCGUUGGAGUUCCGAGCUUCGUAUAAAUUAGAUUAGCUUGACGCACAGAGACU